CCGAAAGAAACUUCACUCGUCACUUUCAUUGUAUACGUAUAGGAACCCCGCGACUUUUCUCUCCGUUUUUAAAAGUCGCCUGUCGACCCUCCGGCACUACUUUGGACAACACGCAACGUUUGAAUAAUAUGGGAAAAGAAAACACGAGUUUUUUCACUGCUUGGAUACUUUUGGGGAAAAUCUUUGCCACUUUUUGUUCGGACCCUGAACUCACCACCAACACUGUGUUCGCGAACAGCAGCGUCACCCCCACCACUCCGCCCGCCACCACCACACCCGAGUGGCUCGCCGACUACACCGACAUCGAGUCCAAGUUCUCCCUCCGGACGGCCGAAGUUCCAGAUGAAGACAUGUGCUACGUCGUGCCCGGGAGGCCCGACACCAUCCAUGAGUGCGAGUACGACGCGCAGACGCAGUUGUUCGUCAUCAUCCACGGCUGGACGGUAACGGGCAUGUUUGAGAGCUGGGUGCCCAAGCUGGUGUCGGCUCUGUACGAGCGCGUGCCCGAUGCCAACGUGAUCGUGGUGGACUGGCUGACCCGCGCCAAUCGGCACUACCCGACCUCCGCGGCCUACACCAAGCUGGUCGGCCGAGACGUGGCCAAGUUUAUCACCUGGAUACAAAAAGAACUGCAGCUGCCCUGGGACCGGAUCCACCUGCUGGGCUACAGUCUUGGGGCGCACGUGGCCGGGAUCGCCGGCGACCUCACCGACCACAAGAUCAGCAGGAUCACAGGACUGGAUCCCGCCGGUCCGACCUUCGAGGACGCCGACGAGCAGAACGCGCUGUCCCGGGACGACGCCCAGUUCGUGGACGUCCUGCACACCAACACCCGAGGCUCGCCGGGCCGCAGCAUCGGCAUCCAGAAGCCCGUGGGCCACAUCGACAUCUACCCCAACGGGGGCACCUUCCAGCCGGGCUGCGACAUCCAGAACACCCUCAGGGGGCUCGCGCUCGAAGGCAUCAAGGGCCUACAAAACAUGGACCAACUGGUGAAGUGUUCCCACGAGCGCUCCAUCCACCUGUUCAUCGACUCGCUGCUCAACACGCAGCAGCAGAGCGUGGCCUUCCGCUGCAACUCGCGCGAGGCUUUCAACAAGGGCCUGUGCCUCAGCUGCCGCAAGAACCGCUGCAACAAGAUCGGCUACAACAUCAACAAGGUCCGCAUGACGCGCAGCACCAAGAUGUACCUCAAGACCCGGGAAAUUAUGCCCUACAAAGUUUUCCACUACCAAGUGAAGAUGCAUCUGUUCAGCAAGAAAAAGCAGACCUUCAGUCAGCAGCCCGUCAAAAUUUCCCUGCAUGGAACCCGCGGAGAGAAAGAAGACGUCCACUUUGUCUUGCCCGUCAUGAACGCCAACAGCACGCUGUCCUUCCUCGUCACCACCGACGUGGACGUCGGGGACCUGUUGAUCGUCAAGCUGCGCUGGGAGAAGGACUCCAUCAUCAGCUUCUCGGACCUGUGGGGCACCAGCAAGUUCUACGUCCGGAAACUGCGCAUCAAGUCCGGGGAGACCCAGUCCAAGGUGAUCUUCAGCGCAAAGGAAGCAGAGUUCACUGACCUGGUCAGGGGAGGAGAAGAUGCAAUUUUCGUCAAGUCCAAAGAAGACAAGAUGAGCCGCAAAGAGAAACUGAUGUACAAGUUGAAGACGCAGGGAAGUCUGUUUGGUCAGAAUGAUGCCUGAAGAUGAACAACGUGCCCCCAUCAUCAUCAUCAUUAUCGUAAAAAAUGGACGAAGCAUUGCAAUCGGCGAUCAAAGCCGACACCAUCUAUAUGCGGCGUGACUGGCGACAAUGGGAAUUUUUUUUUUUACCCAAGGAAUGGAUGCGCUCGCAUUUGACAUUUGUACACGUUCUGUUUGCAAUCAUUUGUUUAUGCUCACGUUUGUUCGUACACACAUAUUGUGCCUACAUGAACGAUGGAUUUUUUUCGCUUCUGCGCACGAUUCAGGGUGACAGGCACGCAUUUAAGCAGAUUUUUCGAGCGUUUGUCCUAAAAAUGCAAAAAAAAAAAAAAAUUGAUAAUUUUUUGUCCCUUUGCCUAACUACUAACCGCCAACAAUCGACGGGGACCAAAGAAUUGUUGACUAUCUACUGUAUCGAAUUGGUGUUGUGAAUACCAUUUGAGAAAAAAAAAUAAUCUGUGUUUUAUAUUUGGAUUUCUGAUUUGAGUUUUUGGUUAUUGUAUUACACAAGUCACUUUUAUUAAAAGAUUCACGCUCGGUUUGAGAUUGCAGCCUUGAUUUCAAACGCCACACACGUGAUAAGAUGGCUGGAAAUAAAAAACAAAAAUCCACACGCAAGCCGCUGCGAACGUGCAACAGGCCCUCGUACAACAUAGCCGCAAUACAUCUGAAGAAUACGCCGUGUUGUAUUUAUUGAAUGUACAUUUAUAUAUUUGUAUAUUAAGCUGUAAUAUAAUUUGCUAUCAUUUUCUGUAUUUUGAUAAAAAGCUGUUUUGUGAUUAUUCUUCAAACGUGCCGGCCGUCGGAAUGAAGGAUCCGACGGGCCCCCCUCCCCGCGCCGGCCGUUGAGCGCAUUUAUCAACUGAUUUGCGGUGCACUGUAUUAUGAAAAAUCCCAAGGAGGUUCAAUAAAGUUACAAAAUGACAUA